UUGAUAGCUAAUCAUUAUCUAAUAUUCCCUAAAGUGGAUUAAGAGUAAAAUAAAAAGUGCCUUGAUUAAUAUUUUUGUUUUUUAUUUACAGUUGUUAGGCUGUUGUCCUUGUUGUUUAUUUUAUUCUACUUUUUUUAUUGCCCAAAAGCUCUGUAAUUAUGUAUGUAUGUAUGUAUGUAUGUAUGCAUUUGUUUUUGUUUUUUAUUAGACAUUUUACAGUGCUGAUUAAAAUCAACUACUAUUAAAGGAGUUGUUAUUGGUUAUUAUGGGUCUAAUCUCUGCAGUGGUGUCUCGGUCUCAGUGUUCCCAGGAUGAUAUUCAGUUCAAAUCUAAACUCUGUAAUAUGGAAACAAGAAUCAAACUUCAAUGCAACUGAGGUUUUUAUGAAACGAGGGAAAAGUGCUGCUUAUAUGGCUCACCCCCCCCCCCCCCCCACCAUGAGCACUGGUGUACCUUCGGUUCUAUGGAUAGAAAAUUCAGGAAUAAACAAAAGUUUGAAUGUCAAUACUUGAUGUGAACAUGAACAUAGAAUCCAUCCAUCCAUCUAUUCGAUUCUCAUUUAUUAAUUUAUUUGUUUGUUUCCCAAGUACUGUAUUCAUUCAUUUAUUUAGGCUACUUAUUAAUGUUAAUUUUUUUGUUUCCCAAUUAUUUAUUUAUUUAUUUAUUCGUUUCCUAUUUACUGUAUUCAUUCGUUCGUUCGUUCAUUUAGGCUACUUAUUAAUGUAUAUAUUUAUUAGUUUUCCAUUUAUUUAUUAAUUUAUUUCUUUAUUUCCCUUCCUUCUGGCGUCCUACGUCAGGAUUGGUCAGUUCACGAUCCAAUCAGCUUGCUGCUUGUGAGUUCGAACGCUUGCCCAAUCACCGCGCGGGAUUAGCGUUCAGCCGGAUUACGGGUAGGGGGUGAAAACGCGCCCGUAACUGGUUGACAGGCAGACAGCGGCGGUGGAGUGAUGAGCGGCGUGCUGCGCAUGCGCACUGCCGAAGUGACGCGCUCGGUCCCAGAAUGCUGCCUGGUAAACAGACAUGGAAGCACCUGGCGAAGACCUCCACAGUCCCUGAGCACUGCGCCGCCGCUUUGCGUUCCUCCCCCAGACUCAUUCUCAAUCUCCUCUAACGGCUCACACAUCUGCUCGCUCUCGGAGCCCGGCUCGGAUCUCUGAGGUCCGGGACGUAGGUCCUGUGUUCAGCACGCGUGGCCGAGCGCAACCAGGGAAGCCGAUGAGGAGCUGCUGAUUCGGGCUGCGGACUUCUGCUUUUCACUUUUCAGUAGCGGUGAAGCAUGUCGGAAAGGGACGAGGAGGGCGAGCCGCGGGCGGAGCAGCGCGCCAGAGCGCCGCCCAGACACCAGCAGCAGCGGACUGAAGGCGCGUCAGCAAUGGCGGCCAUCGGCGAGCGCGCGGCGUCUCUCCCGAGUCCGGAAGUCAUGCUGGGCCAGGCGUGGAGCUGCUGGGUGGACGCCGCGAAGCUGCACGCGACCGACGGCAUAGAACCAGAAGAAAGUUUUAAAGAGUGCGGGAGGAACCGAGAAGCCAUGCGACUGUGCAGAGACGAUAUGCCCAUUUUCGGGCAAUGUCCUGCACAGGACGACUUUUACCUGGUCAUGUGCAGUCACUGCAGUCAGGUCGUCAAACCCCAGGCCUUCCAAGCACACUUCGAGAGACGACACAGCUCCAUUAACAAGCCAGCGUCGUCCUAUUCAUCCUCGGCUGCGCUCCCGGGUCUCCCCUCCCGGGCCAGAACCGGAGGAGCGGGUGGAGGCGGCCCUGCCAGCACCAUGCCCGUGGGUUCCUCCUCCUCCUCCUCCUCCGCUGGAGGGAGCAACAACACCCACACAGCCAAAGAGAAGCUGCCUCACCGGAAGCCUCACUUCCCCCCAAAGGUGCUGCACAACGACAUUUUGACCCCAGCUGUCAAAGUGGAGAAGAUCCAUGUGAAGAUGGACUACGUCUCCUCCAAACCUGGCCACGUGCCUGCUUCUUCUUCCUCUUCUUCCUGCAGUACUGUGAGCUCCUCGCCCUCGAAGCCAGGCCUUAAUAGCCAGUCUGUACCAAAGGCUCAUCAGGCGUCCCCCGGCCACAUCCCCAACGGAAAGAGCCACCUCUCUCCGCUCAGCAAGAAGCAGGACAGCAGCACCAACGCCAGUAGCAAAAGACCCCCCAGGAAAGUGUUAGAACGCGAGUUCAAUCCUGAUGUUCAUUGUGGCGUGAUGGAUAUCGGAGCACGUAAGCCAUGCACAAGAUCCUUAACAUGCAAGACACAUUCCUUAAGCCAGAGAAGGGCGGUGCCCGGGAGGCGGAAGCGCUUUGACGUGUUGUUGGCCGAGCACAAGGGUCGAGCCCGGGAGAAGGAGCUGCAGCAACAACCGCAUAGGACGGAGCCAUCACAGCAAACCCCACCCCCUCUCAGGGAGACCCACCCACCCUCUCACCAUGGCAACCCUACAGCCACCACUGACGCAACCAAGCUCUUCCCCCUCAGCAAAACCAAACCCCACAAUCCUGUGCUUCCACGCAGUAGCUCUCACAGUGGGCUGAGCAGUUUAGGGGACGCCGCCGCGACCCCUGACCCGACCCUGCAUCCCCACUUGGCUCUCACGCCUGACGGCGCGGCUUGUCCCUCCAGUGACGAGGGCGAGAACGAGGAGAGAGAGGAGAGCAUGGACAAACUGGACUGCCACUAUUCAGGUUACCAUCCACGGCCAGCUUCAUUCUGCACUUUCGGAAGCCGACUGUUUGGGAGAAGCUGUUACUUGUUUGACCGGCGCUGGGAUCGAGUCCAGUACGCGCUGGUGGCAAUGAUGGACAAACACGUCAACUCGCUGAUGUGGAAAAAAAUCCCACUCGCGUUGGAGAAUUCUUCCUCCUCCUCGUCGUCAUUUGCGGCAGUUACGUCGUCUCACAGGUCGAGCACAAACUCGCUGUCCUCUUCCUCUGGCUUUCUGAGCCCCUCUCCUCCACCGCCUUACAGCCAGUCACAUGACAGCAAGCCCACACUGUCGUACGGGACCACCCUAAAUGCCCGCGUGACGUCACAGAGGGCCGGAGAGCAGCUCGCUUACAGCGGAGGCGGUUCGUCCAGACAAGUGUCCUCGUCCUCACCCCAGAUGCCUUCAGCGCACUCGUCCUCGCUGCCCUCCGCUCCCGGCUCGAACAAAUCCAUCAAAUCACGUACCGGACCCAAGCACUUCUGGGUCAAGGAGCCCUCCCCGGCUUCACUAGCUAGCUCCAGUGCUAACAACAACAGCAGCAGCAGCGACACCAGCGGUGUGAGUGUGAGCAGCAGCAGCGCGAUCAGCCUUGGCUCAACAAAGAAGCGCAAGAACAGCUCUCUGAAAUACGGCGCAGAGUCCUCCCCUUCAUCAUCCUCUUCCUCUUUGAAAAAGAACUGCAUGGCGAACUCGGGCACCUCAGGGAGCAGCUUCCACUCCUCGCUAACCUCCACGGCGGCGUCUAUGGCUUUUUCGUCAUCGUCAUCCUCCUCUUCCUCCCACAGUGCAGGUAUGAACUGUCCACCAGGCCGCGGAAACUCGAUGAGCGCGCGCCAGGAAGCAGCCGAGCCCAUCAAGCGCAUGAGCGUGAUGAUGAACAGCAGCGACUCGACGCUCUCGCUCGGCCCAUUUGUGAACAACCCGGACGGGAGAACUGACACAAAGAGGAGGAAGAGUUCACAGGCCACCAGCAGCCUCGCCGGCACAGCUACCUGCACAGCAUCUGCGGCGGGAGGUGGAGGGGCACAGGGGCCUGGCAGGCCAAAAAUGGCCAAGUCUCCAGCCAUCAACAACAUUCACGGCAAACACGCGCGGCCCAUGCCGGGAACGCCGGGGCUCCCUAACAACUCGCUUAUACAUCAGGUGUGUAUGGAUCUGAUGCGUGUUUAUGUUCUGAGAAAGAGAGGUGCUGCGUCCCAAUUCGCCUACAAAUACUAGGCACUAAAUGUAAACAUGUGUAAUAUGUCUUCUUCAUUCAUUAUUCUGUAUAUCAUUUAUACUAGAUCAUUUAAUUUGCCAUUCCCUUGAUUUAUUCAUCCACAUUUUCUGUACACAUCACUAAAAAUUCAGCGAUGCAAACUGUCCCAAAGCUCCUCCUCCUGUGGGCGAUUAAUAGCUGAAAAAGCGUCCACGGAUCCACACUUCAAAAAUCUUUUCAGGCGCUCAUUUCAACAUACUCCGAUUCGGGACACACUAAUUCUAAUCUCGGAUACUAUUUAGGCCGGAUAGUAGACGAAUUGGGACGCAGUGAGGGGUUUGCAAACGUGCUUAUUUGCUUAAAUAACAAUGCUUGUGUUGUGACUUAUGACAGGAAUCCAUCCCUGUUGUGUGUGUUUUUAUUUUAAGGUGGUUUUUAAUAGCUGUAACAAGCAUGGCUUGUAUUUCAAAUGAUAUUCUGCUGAAAUCGUCUAAUCAUCAGCACUUGAUGGGCACAGAUCCAGCUUAGCGAUUACAUUCUUGCACUACUGUGUAGUACAUGACCGAUGCUGCAUAACGUCACAGUUAUAUUUAAAUCUUUAUAUAUAUUAUAGUUUUAGAGCUGAGAGUUUAUUUACAUGCACAGUAAGACUCAGCAGACAUAUGGAAUAGUGUUCUAGAAAAGCCCUUUGCCCUUGUUUGGCAGAAACCCAACACUGCGCAUCACCAUGAGAUCUCCAGAGUGAAGCAUGGUGUUGGUAGCAUCGUGUUGUGGGAACGCUAAAAUACUUAGACAAGACUGUGUGUGUGUGUUUUAUAAAUAUAUAAAAGACAGGUAAAUUUCUAGGGUCUAACCCAAAGUUUUCUCAUUAUCCCAUUACAUAAGUAGGUAUAAAUGCUUAAUGAUUUAUUGCCCAAAAUUAGAUUUAUUUAUUUAUUGAAUUUUUUUUUGCAUGUUGUUUUUGUACUUGUAUUCCUCUUCUUUCUUGAUGUAUUUUGUGUAUGAUGCAGUACGAAUGCAGUGCAGAGUUUUAACACGCCCCUUAUCUUCCUGUCUUAGCCAAAGGCCCGUCCCUGACACAGGUGGGCCGGCUCUGGGGGUGCGAAGCGGUGGAGCGGAGCUCCCUUAGCGCCCGUCACGGCACACUGCACGAGGCCUUCUUCUUCUUCUUCUUCUUCUUCUUCUUCUCUUACUCUCAGCUUCCCACAAUCCUCAGGGUGGAGAGCGCACUGGGCCGCUCAGUGAUGGCGCGCUAUUUCUCCCGGCAACAAGGGGGCAUCACAAAGGUGGAAAAGACACCACGAGAGGGGCAUGUGUGUGUGUAUGUGUGUAUAUGUGUGUGUGUAGGGGGGUGGAUGAGAUGGCAGUGGCCCCAGUGGCAGGCAGCGUGUGCUGCAGAGGUACAGUUAAGGGCUGGUACAGGGCCACGCCUACACUAUUACACAACGUCAGACGGGCUUCAUUGGCGAAAGGAGCAUUCCUGUCGAUUUGUGUGUGUGUGUGUGUGUGUGUGUGUGUGUGUGUGUGUGUGUGUGUGUGUGUGUGUGUGUGUUCAUGUGGGUGAAACCGGAAUACUGGAAAUGAAAUUCUGUGUGAACUGUGAGUGAGUGUUUGAGGGUGGUGCACAGGAAAAGGACGGAAUAUCAGGAGUCUCUGAGAAGGAAAACAAAUGCAAUCCCGUUUAGUUUAAUAAACAUAUUUAUUUUGUAAAAGGAGGAGUAUAUACAGUAACGCAAUCCAUCAGAUUUUAGAGGAAAGUCGUCACCGUGUCCAAAUGAACAACGCAGAGCAUUUAAUUAAGUCUUAAUGUUUCUUCAGCAAAAUAUUUGGUUCACAUACAGAGACUAAUCGUAAGGUCUGUAAAAGAGGGUGGAACAAAAUGUUAUUUUGCAGCUACGUUUUAAAAAUCCGCAGAAACUUCCUUAAAGACGAGUUAAAAAUGUAGUUUACUCGCCCAGUUUGGUUUAAAAUCACUUACUUACACUUGUGUAACAAAAUCCAGCACUGCUAACGAGUCGAACCGAAACGUUUUUUUCUUAUCGAAAGCUAAGCGGCGUUUUCUUAUCGUUUCCGCACUCGCGUUAAAGGAAUGCUUGGGAUUUUCGUCUCUAUCCACCACGUGAACGUGUUCACCACGGACAAGAAUUCCCACUCUCCUGAAAUAUCCGUGUACUAAAAACAACAGAACUUUUAAAAACCAGCUCAACCUUUUAUUAAGAGUCAAACCCUCGACUUGAAACUUCCAAGUGGGUAUGGAUUAGCUGUUAGCUUAGUUAGCUUAAUUUCAACAGUGAGACCCUGGCACGAGACCUUUUUAUUGUUGGUGUUUGCAACGGUUGUCGUUUUGAAUUUGCGUUAUGUAUUUUCGGCAGAGACCGUAGACCUCUGUUCUGAGUGAGUUGGAGUAAACGGGUCGUCUUCUCAGCAAACGGGAAACGUGUUGAAAUCCUUGACUGUCGUAAUCACACAUACGCUACAUGUGCAUGGAGUGGCAGCAUAAGGCUCUGCUCACGCUGGUUCUGCCAAGCGUGGACCCAGAUGGUCGCCACAGCAGUCAGGAAGACUUCACAGGAGGGCCAGAUAUUUGCGCAACACCUCCAGGUCUGUGAGAAUGCUCUCCGACCAGUACGUGGCUUUUUAUUCUGGGAAGACUGCGUUUAACCCAGAUCGACCACCAUGUCAGCUUCCCCCUUAACCUCUGAAUUAACAGAACACCAUGUGAACCCACGAGCCAUACUAAUACCGUCGUGACUUCCUGCAGGUCUGCCAGUGUAGAGACAGAUUUGUUAUAUUGAAGGUGGUUUGUUAAUUAAAAAUAAUAAUGAUGAUGCACUACAGCCGUGGUGGAUAGAGAUCAGGGUUGAAAAUCACUGGAGUAUCCCUUUAAUCAGUUAUAAUGAAGCUUCAUGUCCUCUUGAAAGCUGACUUUUAAACGCUUUUAACCAAUUAUAACGUCCGUUACGUUACGUUUAUUCAGUCCUACAGAUCGUCAAUCACCUUUAGUACCCGUCAAACUACAUCAGAUCUCUCUUAAUCACUACGGCUAUGUGGAGACUUUCAGGCUGUAAGGGAUAAGUGCUUGUCCAAACACACUAAAAGAGAUCAUGCAAUUUAUUAGAAAACCUUGAGGGUUAAUUCUGUAUUAUUAGUAUUAUUAUUAUUUUUGCAACAACGAUGCACAUCUACACUAUAACAUGUAACACAUUGAUGUUGUCUGUUCGUGACUCGACAGCAACAGCAGUUUAAGGAAUACUUCACUCACACAUUUGUGUGUGUAUGCAGCUAAGAACGAAUGAAAGACUGUGACUUAGCGUGAUCAUUUCCUGAAUUCUACUACCGUUCAUCCAUUAUUGGCGUAAUCAGCACGAGUGCUUUCACGCUUCGUGGGUUUUUUUUUUUUCUUUCUUCUUCCCCCAUUAAAAAAAUAACGGUCCUAGAUAGUAUCGUCUAUCUAACUAGUCUGUUGGCCAUGGAAUAGUGUUUAGUCUGCCGUGUUUUCACCUGCCUGUAGAAUCACACAGGGUUCCCGCUCAACCAAUCACGUUUGCGCCAAUCCGUGAGCAUCCGAGCGAGUAAUUCGACUCCGAAUCGACUCGACUGGAUGAAGAGAAUCGAGCCAAAGCACAGAGCUGUAGCUCUGCAGAAAUGCCAGCAGAAAACAUAUACGCAGGAUGCAGUUCACAAAAUUAAACUAAAAGGUUUAACUACAUAUUAACCACGUUAAUGUGUUUUCAGUCCUACUUUGUGAAGCAAAACCAAAUAGCGAACGAACCAAAAGAAUCGGGGAAGCAAAGAAACAAAACAUGCCAAGUGUGAAAGCAGCCUAAAGUCAUCCUUUUACCAGAGCAGGUGUAGUGAAGGUGUAGGUCAGCGCCAAUACACACAACAACAGAAUAUGAGACAAAGUACUGUGAGAAGCUCCUAAGGUGAUGCUUAGCUGUGUGAUGCCACAUAUUCUCACACACUGAUCAGUGACUUCACAAAAGCAAUUCUCCCACGGUUUGUGUAUCAAAUCACCACAAUCUUUUGUUUUCUAUUGCCACGUCCAGUAAUGACUAAUCCUGUCCUGACAUAGUAAUAAUAGAAGCUUUGAGAGUAUUAAGUAUAAAGUCGUGGAGGCGUGCAGACCUUUCGUGGGGGGGUUGGGGUAUGGUAUUCCGACCUGAUGUCAGUCGGCGAUCGCAGAAGGGAAACGAGAGCGUUAUUAUUAUUAUUAUUAUUAUUAUUAUUAUUAUUAUAAAUUUUUUUCCCCGUCUUUCCUUCUUCCUAUCUUUGACUUUUUUUCUAUCGACAGAUAUUGAAGUUAACCCUAUUUCAGAAUACAUAUUUUGAUUAAAAAAAAAAAAAGAAAAGAAAAGAGAAUU